CCCGCCCCGCCCGGCAGGAUCUGAGCUGACGGGCGAGGAUGCGGCCCCGCGGCCAGGGCCCGGCCGGCUCGGUCACACGCAGAGCCCGUGACCGGUAGCCCGGAGCCAGCUAAGCGGCCCGGGCCAUGUCCACGGAGAGCUCCCCGCUGCUCAGCGGCCGCCUGGCUCGGCUGUCGGGGGACGCGGAGAUGGCGGGGGUCGCCCAGGAAGAGGCGCCCCUGGUGGUGGGCUCGGCCUCCGGCAGCGGCGGCGGCGGCCCCGACCCGGCCCGCCAGCUCUCCACCUUCUUCGGGGUGAUCGUGCCCACCGUCCUCUCCAUGUUCAGCAUCGUGGUCUUCAUGCGAGUCGGGUUUGUGGUGGGCCACGCCGGGUUCCUGCAGUCGCUCCUGAUGCUGGUGGUGGCCUAUCUGAUCAUCUCCUUGACGGUCCUCUCCGUGUGCGCCAUCUCCACCAACGGGGCCGUCCAGGCUGGGGGCGCCUACUUCAUGAUCAGCCGGACUCUGGGCCCCGAGUUCGGGGGGAGCAUCGGCCUCAUGUUCUACCUGGCCAACGUCUGUGCCUGCGGCGUCUACGUCCUGGGCCUGGUGGAAGCCAUCCUGGACGUCUUCGGCGCAGAUGGAUCCGACCCGCCGGGCACCAAGACGCUGCCUCAGGGCUACCUGUACAGCUUCCUCUACAGCUCGCUGGUGCUGCUGCUCUGCCUGCUGGUGUGCCUGGUGGGCGCCCAGAUCUACUCCCGGGCGGCCUUCUUCAUCUUCCUGCUGGUCAACUUGGUCCUUGUCACCAUCUUCGUCAGCUUCUUCACCGUCUCCCCUCGGGAGAUCGUCGUCUCCCACGGCGGAAACCAGACCUUCAACGCCUCCUUCACGGGCUUCAACAUCUCCACCCUCAGGGACAACAUGUAUGCCAUGUACUCGAGGGACUACACUACCAAUAACAUGAUGUCUUUCGCCACCGUCUUUGCCGUGAUGUUCAACGGCUGCACCGGCAUCAUGGCCGGCUCCAACAUGUCAGGGGAGCUGAAGAACGCCAGCGCCUCCAUCCCCAGGGGGACGAUUGUGGCCGUGCUCUACACCUUCGUCAUCUACUUCUUCCUCUUUUUCAUGGCCAGCUUCACUUGCGAGAGGGCCCUCCUGAAGGGCGACUACGGCUUCUUCCGGUCCAUCAACGUCUGGCCUCCCUUUGUGCUGAUGGGCAUCUACUCCGCCUCCCUCUCGGCUUCCAUGAGUAACCUGAUUGGUGCUUCCCGCAUCCUCCACGCCCUGGCCAAGGACGACCUCUUUGGGCCUGUCCUGGCUCCGGCCAAGAUUGUCUCCAGAGGGGGCAACCCCUGGGUGGCCGUCCUCUACACCUGGGGCCUCGCGCAGCUGGUGCUUCUGGUCGGGAAACUCAACACCAUUGCUGGCAUCGUCACCGUCUUCUACCUGGUCGCCUACGCUGCCGUGGACCUGGCCUGCCUGGCGCUGGAGUGGGCCUCGGCCCCCAACUUCCGCCCCACCUUCCAGCUGUUCUCCUGGCACACCUGCCUCCUUGGCAUCGUCUCCUGCUUGGUCAUGAUGUUCCUGAUCAGCCCGGCGGGGGCCUCGGGCAGCCUGGGGCUGAUGCUGCUCCUGCUGGCCUUCAUCCACCUGCGCUCGGCCGCCUCUUCCUGGGGCUACAUCAGCCAGGCGCUCAUCUUCCACCAGGUCCGGAAGUACCUGUUGCUGCUCGACAUCCGGAAGGACCACGUCAAAUUCUGGCGGCCGCAGAUCCUGCUGAUGGUGGCCAACCCCCGGGGUGGAUCCCACCUGAUGCACUUCAUCAACCACCUAAAAAAAGGGGGCCUCUUCGUCCUGGGCCACGUGGAGAUCGGGGACCUGGACACGAUGCCCUCGGACCCCAUCCAGGCUCACUACAACUUCUGGCUCAGCCUGGUGGACAAACUGAGCAUCAAGGCCUUCGUGGAUCUGACUUUGUCCCCCUCCGUCCGCCAGGGGACGCAGCACCUCCUCCGCAUCACUGGCCUGGGCGGGAUGAAGCCCAAUACGCUGGUCCUGGGUUUCUAUGACGACUGCGUCCCCGAAGAUUACUUCCUGCAGGACCCGGCCUUCAGCCAAGCCCGGGAGAACGACGAGUUUGGGGUGGACCUGGUAGCCCUACAAGCGCACUUCCCCUCCGUGCGGGUCACGGCCAACCAGCGGGCUCUGAGGCCCUCCGAGUACGUGGCCAUCAUCUCGGACGCGGUGAAGAUGCACAAGAACGUCUGCCUGGCCCGCUACUUCCACCUCCUGGACAAGGACCUGCUCUCCUCCUCGGCUUCCAAGAAGCGCCUGGAGGGCCGCUACAUCGACGUCUGGCCCCUCAACCUCCUGCGCCCCAACACGCCCACCUACGUGGACAUCUGCAGCCUCUUCCUGCUCCAGAUGGCCUGCAUCCUCACCAUGGUCAGCUCCUGGAAAGGCGCCCGGCUGCGCAUCUUCCUCUGCGUGGAGUCGGGCGACCUGGGCUGGGUGAGCAAGGAGGAGAAGCUGCGGGAGCUGCUGACCAAGUUGCGGAUUAAGGCCACCAUCAAGAUCGUGACCUGGGACCAGGUGGUCGCCUUCCAGAGCCACCCCCAGCCUGCGGGGACCGGGGGGCCAAGCCCUGUUGAGGUUCAGGGCAAUCCUGGUCCUCCCCACCCAGACAAGCUCUUGGAGGAAGCGAUCCUGAACGCAGCCACGUUCCGAGUGACGGACGAGUACUUGGCUUCGGUCAACGAGCUUCUGCUGAAGCAAGCCGGUCAGACGGCCGUGCGCUUCCUCUACCUGCCGCGGCCCCCUGCAGACACCUCUCAGUACGAGCGCUACCUGGAGCAGCUGGAGAUCCUCACCACCGGCCUGGGGCCCACCCUGCUGAUCCACGGGCUGACCCCCGUCACCUGCACCGAACUGUAAGUGGCCGGCAGCGGCCCCAACGCCUUGUCCUCAACGAACAAAACGUGCCUUUGUCUCUGGAGGGGUGUGCGUGAAGCAUCGAGGAGGCCGUGCUGAGCACAGCUUGGCUGAAGAUGUGGGGGGAGAAGGGUACAUCUGGGGCAGCAGAGAAGGGCUGCUGAAGCAGGAGGGAGGAGGACCCUGCAGGACACAAAUGUCUUCCACUAUUUGGGGACAGCUUUCCUGGGACCAUCUCGGUGGGAUUGAGGGUCCCAGCUGGGAGAUCUUCCUGUUCCCCUGGAGGCACCAGGGCUUCUUGUGAGCUCUGCCCCAAAUUUCCAGACCCGGAAACACUUUCCUCAUCCACUUCCUGGUGCAGAAGGCAAAGGGGACGGGCUCCCCGUUGGAAGGAAGAGGGCGCCGAUAUUUGGCAAACGAAACAUCUGGGUCAGGCCUUGUUGGACUUCAAGGUGACCUUCCUCCACCUCCUCCUCAGCCGGGACUCUGCGCCGGCUUGACCAAGCCUGUGCCCCCCUCCCUGUAUGUGGAAUUACAACUCCCAUCAUCAUGCCCCACUCGAAGAUAGCUAACCGUGUUGACAAGAACGAUGGGAUUUGCAGUGCAGCCUACCAAGAAGUGCAUUUGGUGUCAUUGCGAACACCGUUCGGAUCAGGAAACAUUCUGUGAAGCUUCCAAUUUGAGUUCGGAAUGGGUUGUUUCUGGGGAGGGGGCGUGUUUUGAAUCCAGGACAGCUCUAUCUGGCUCCCACAUCCGGUUUUGUGACCCCCAAAUGGUUGAAGCAAACCCUUCCAGAGGCCUUCAUCCUUGAGUGAGAGGCUGCUGGGGGGGCCUCUCUGCACCCCAAUUCUCCCCCCCCCCCGUGGUGAAGCCAGGAUUAAAGCUCCCGGGAGGGGGUCUCCACCAACGCCAUUAGCGUAGCAGCGGAUUAGAAAUGACCAGCACUUAACAAAAAGAGGGUUUGUACUUCUCUCCUGCAAAAGAUGCUUCUACUAACCACUAACUGACC